AUGGUUGCUGAACUUGGACAAUAUGUUCAUGCAAUUGGGACGGAUUCCAGCAAUAUGAUGGAUCCUCAAAGUAUCAAAGCGAUUUACAUCGAACCAACGAAGGGACAACGCAUUGGGCACCGCGUGCUCAACCUGAAUACUAAGAAGAUGAUUUCCCGACCCAAGGUCGUUGUACUACCCGUUACCGAUCAAGUCAUCCAGCGUGUUGAAGCUUGGGCUGCUGCCAAAGGUGUUACUUUCAUGAAGUUCUUCAAUAAGAAGAGAGAUUUGGAGACAUUUCAAGAUGACGAUCAAAUUGCAGGAGUGGAUGACACGGAACAAGAUGCAGACAAUGAUGUCGAUGAUAUGCCAGAACUCACUGUCAGAUUCCAAGGAGAUGAUGACUAUGAAUCAGACGAAGAUUUGGGUGAUGAAGGCUAUGAAGAGGAAGAACCUAUUGUGGCUGAUUUGGACCACCAUCAAGAAAAUGUCGAUAGAGGAACCAAUGAUAUUGGGAGCCUCGUUACAGAUCUGGAGGACCUACAAGAGCCGCCAGAAGAAGAGAUUUUAUUUGAGCCUGAAGAGCCUCAAGUAGCAAAAGUCACUCAAUCUGGGCAAACGUAUGCGCAAGCUGCAAUGUCUGGGCUGAACCUUUCUCAAGUUCCAAAGAAAUCAAGAGAAUGGCCUUCAAGCAGGAGUGGCAGUUCUGCCAAUAAGAACAAGAAUCGAGUUGCGACAAGACGCAAGCAUUGA